AGUCAUAUUUGUGAGCUUUACCUCUUCCUAUUUUGCCCAUCCCCUCUAUGUGAAACGCACAAAACAUGUCUUCAAUUCUAGUGAAUCCUUGUGGAUGCAAGGAUUAUAUUCUAGAAUUAUCUUGAAGAGUGAUGCUAUCCUUCAUGUAGUUGAUGUUGCCCCUGUUGUGGUAAGUUCUUCCUCGGUUGAGUUGUCCCUCUUAAUAUUGCAACUACAACCUCCUCUCUAUAUUUAGCUGCAACUACUAAUCUAUGUAUAAUAGUGCUAAAUAUUUCUUGCCUCAAUAUUAAUUCUUGUUCCAUGGUCAUCUGAAAAUUCCAUCUUUUUUAUCAUUCUCGUCUUGCUCAACAGAGGACCUCCUUGUUUGAAGACUUUUCGUCUUUGAACAAGACUUAUCGUCUUCUCUCUGAAGAAAGGUUAAAUAAAAAGGAGAAACAACUACGAGAUGGCGACGAAGCAAUGGGUGCCUCACCCCGAAGAGGGGUACGUGUUGGCGGAGGACACGGGAAAGACGGUAGACAAGAAGGACAUCAAGGGUGUCACAAAAAUGAGGGUCUUCAAAUCCGCGGAAUUUGGAGAACUCAACCUCACGCCGGACGAGGUAAUUAGAAUUUUCAUUAGUAUAACCCUGCGUGAGGCUUCAUCGUGACGUAACUCUAUGACGCCAGUAGCCAGUCUGCCCUGAACUUUGUGCAGCGAGAUAAGUUGUCUUGUAUUGUAAUAUUGUUGUCUUCUAGUAAGAACGAUUCACAUUAUUUCAUGAAAUAGGUGUAGAACAGUUUAGUGUUGGUUGAUGGCGAUUCAAAGUUUCUUGGUAGUACUAGAGCGAAGAACUAGACUGAAGAAGAAGAACACAAAAAUCUUUUUUUUCCCAGAAGUGAAAAUAUAAACAAAUCAGGUCAAAGAGGUAGCUGAUGUUGAGGAUGAUCACUUUGCUGGGAAUCCAGAUGCCACGUCGAUUAAGAACGUAACGAAUGCAGCUGUGCUACAGACGCUCUCCGAUCGGUACAUGAAGUCGAACAAGAUGUAUACCUUCGUCGACACCAUUAUCUUAAGGCCGCUCACAUAAGUACUUCACAAGAACAAUCGGAUUGUUCUUCAUCUUGUUAAACAGAAGCACCUUUACUGGCUUUCUUGCGCCCAUUCUUGUUAAGGGAAGGAGAACACGCCAAGGAUGCACUUGAAGAUGAAGAUAGUAAAUAGUUGACGAGAAUCUCUAAUUAUUGUCUCCUGCAACCCGUUCCAGCGGUUAGGUCUGGAAACAGCCGAAAACAUCGCGAAAUACGCCAAAUCCGCCGAUCCUCACUUACGUCUCAAUACAUCAUACACAAUUGAUUUAGAUUUCUUUUUCUAUAUAAGUCAAGGACAUUCAAUACAUCAUACACAAUUGAUUUAGAUUUCUUUUUCUCUUUAGGUCAAGGACAUUCAAUACAUCAUACACAAUUGAUUUAGAUUUCUUUUUCUCUUUAGGUCAAGGACAACAUUUCUUGCUGCGGUUAGAAGUUUCCACCUUCUUAGGUGGAGGUGGAUCGCAAGAAAUGCACGAAGACUCAAGAAGUUGUGAGAACUAAUAUUUUUGUUGAGCUCGCUCCUCUUCUAAGAGGCGAAUUGGAGCCCCACGCCUACGCCAUUGGUAAGUGGGCGUUGGACGGUUGUGUGGGUGAAAAGCGAAAUCAGGCCAUCCUCAUUUCCGGUGAAUCAGGUGCAGGAAAAACCGAGGCCUGUAAGAUCUUGCUCGGGUUCUUCGCGGACUGUUUAAGGCGUGCUGAAGAAAUCCAUCUUGUUGUGUCACCUAAGCAUCUUCUUGACUUGUUCUUCCUGUUUUUUUAAUGGAACUACAUCUACAAGUACAAAAGCAAAACGUUUUCUACUCGAAGUUGUACUUAGAUGAAGAUGCUCACGCGGCCGACCGAGAUGGAUUUAUUCUGCAAGAAGGUGGUCUAAAGUGUGCAGGAGGAACUGGUGGCGUCCAAGACCGUAUUAUGCAGUGUAACCCGAUCUUGGAAUCCCUGGGGAACGCGAAAACCUCCCGUAAUAAUAACUCCUCACGUUUCGGUAAGUGGACGCAGCUGUUCUUCGAUGCAAAGGGCUCGAUCGCAGGGGCAGGCGUCGUGGAUUACCUUUUGGAAAAAUCUCGUGUUUUGAUUACGGCCGCUUGUUGAGAAAAUCCAUCUAUCUCUCCCAGCAGCAACAUGAUCUUGGCCCCAACAUUAUUUUGAAGCGAAGUAAAACUAAAAGGGCCCCCCGGACAAGAUGUUGAUGUUGAUCGAGAAGAUGAUUUUAGGCAACAAGGUCUAAUUUGAACCAGUCCUCUCUGGAACGAAAUUUCCAUAUUUUCUACAUGCUUAUGUACGGUGAUGCGGCAAAGUACAAGGUUCCCACGGACGCGGCAAAUGCGCUCUUUUGCAAAAACUUAUGGCAUGAAGUAGAACAUGUUGACGAUAACAUCACUAGCAAAAGAAAUUUGAUUUAGCUCUGAUAUAGUUUUGGAUGUAGAGUAGUUCAUUUUCAUUACUAGAGUGUAUUGCUUCCGGUAUUUGGUAACCUGAAUUUGAUCAUAAGGGAAAGCAAGAAGUGAACCCUUGUGAUCAAAUUCAGGCUACCAAAUACCGGAACCGUUCAUAGUCAAGUUCAUCUAUAUUUGCUUUUCAUUUACUUUUACCUACAUACUUAUGUCCUGGGUAGUGGAGUAACUAACACGAACAUCAUCCUCAUCAUUUAUCUCUCUCUUCUAAUUUUUGGUGCACCCAAAGCCGAUGGUUUCGACGAUGUUGCGGAGUAUAAAGAAGUUUUGCACGCGUUAAACGACUGUACAAUGCCAGAAGAGCAGCAAACGGCGUUUUUAGAGAUCAUGGCUGGCGUCCUUCUGUGUGGUAACAUCGUCUUCAAGGAUGGCGGAAAUGAUACCUCAAAAGCCGAGAAGGGUAUGGAGGAGGCCGCGGCGGCCCUCAAGGUCGAUGCGAAGGUGUUGGAACAAGCUUGUAUCUCCAAGAAACUAAAGAUCGGCAAGGACAUCACUGUCAAAUCCCUAAAGCCAACGGACGCAACCAACUCACGAGACGGUUUGUGCACGCUAAUGUAUUCGCGUGUCUUCACUUGGAUCAUCGCGUUUCUGAACAAAGUCAUUUUUAAGGCUUCACCCACUCAUUGAUUACUACAAAUUCCUUCAGUAAGAUCGAUCCCUGACUCUUUUUCCAGUAGGAAGUAUAUUUGUAAGUCAGGGAUCAUGUAGUUCUGAGGCUCUCGUUUUCAAGCGGCAAACGAAUCCAAGGAAGAUGCCUUUCAUCUCAAGAUGAAGAUGAUGAAUCAAUUUAUUUAAUAAAGUCUAACAUUUCGGGUGGAGGCGCAUCCGGUACGGAAAUCGGUCUAUUGGAUAUCGCUGGUUUUGAGUCCUUUCCCUUCAACACGUGGGAACAGAUCACUAUUAACUUGUCCAACGAGAGCUUGCAGCAGCACUUCAACGACUACAUCUUUAAACGCGAGUUGCAGGAUUACAAUUAUGGACGGUUGUGUUGAAAUAAAAGUCUAGAGGUUCUUAUUAUUUUCAGUAGUAGUCAUUUUCGAAUUAUACGAGCUUUAUUUUAAAAUUUUAUUUGUCAUCAACAUCAAGGGUCGUGGUCGUACCAAGAAGAUGUUGAGGUCGUAUCAAGUAGAUGAGUUGUAGAAGCGCGUUUUACAUCUUCUAAUACAAAGCGGAAGGUGUGCCAUGCGAAGAUAUCACCUUCGCGGAUAACAUGGAGAUUCUAGAGACAAUUGGUGGAGCCAAAAACAGUAUCAUGUCGAUUUGCGAUGAUCAAUCCAAAGGUAUCCCAGCCGAAAACGCCAAAGCAGACAAGAAAUUCAUCGAUGCGCUAAACAAAGCCAUGAAAGAUUCCAAAAAUAAAUGGUACUACUAUUCGACGCAGUAAUUGGAGUUGAUGAAUAAACUCUUCCUGCAGCACAUCACGACUUCAAGAACUAUUGGGUCGUUAGUAGUUGCUCUCUUCAAUCUAGUAUAUGAUUCGAAAAUAUGUUCAGCACAACUUCUGCUCCUAUUCUACUGCGACUGUUAAUUAAACUUGUUGUUCGCGGCCUUCGCGGUCUGAUGCUUAGUACAGAAGUGUCCGAUCUCAUCCUGGGUUCGGAGUUUUAUAUCCGAUCUCUUUCUAGGUACACUCCCGAUAAAUUUGGCAAGACCGAAUUCACUCUCUUGCACUACGCUGGUUACGUCACGUAUAACACGGACCUGUGGGUGAAUGAUAAGAACAAGGAUGAGCCUCCAGCAGAAGCUACUGAUUAAGGCUCAACAAUAUAAAUAAAAAUACAAUUAUUGUCAAGAAUUCAUUUCUACUUCAACAAGGAGAACAACGUUCACUCAGUAGUUAAUACAUUUCUCCCUGCUCGUUGAAGAUGUAGUUUUUAGUUUUCUUCCUAUAGGAUUGGCAUAAUUGGGAGUAGAACAAAUGCGCAGGCUUCUCGCUGAUUCCUCUCCGAAGGAAACGGAAAGCGAGAAAUAAAUAUAAAAUGAACCUAAGUUUAGAUAGAAAUGAACUAGAAUCAUGGUGCUUUGUACGACUUGCUCUAAUCUGAUGUGCUUUGUACGACUGGCAACCCUCUCCUCAAGGAAAUCGCUGAUGGCAUCGCAGAAGAAGGAAAAGCAAGCAAGAAGACAGUGUCUCAGGCGUUCCGUGCUUCUCUGAAAACGUUGAUGUUAAGGCAACAGUAAAUACAUCUUGACCACUUAUUAUUAGAUCUUGUUGUUCCCUGGGGGCAUAUUCAUAUUGCUAUAAUUGGUCCCGUUCGUAUUUCUCCAGGUCACAACAAGGGAAAAGAACGGAAAGAAACUACCAGGAUGGUGCUCACGACUGUGUAUCUAUAAGAUGUUGGAUUGGACUUUUAUAUUAAGAGCAUCAAGUCGUGGACCACUUGAUGCUCUUAAUAUGAAGUGGUUUCUUGAAGCUCUUCAACUUCAUAUUAGAUGUAGUUCUUGUUCUAAUGAAGGAGAAGAUCCACAGUGCGGAUCCUCACUUCGUGCGUUGCAUCAAGCCCAAUGAUGCCAAGAAGCCAGCUAUCUUCACCAAGAAGAAAGUGUUGGAACAGCUGACCUAUUCUGGUGUGAUGGAACUCGUGAAGAUCCGUCGACAGGGUUACCCGUAUCGUGCUAGUCCCGAAGAAUUCGUAAAAAAAUAUCGUUGCUGCAUUCCUGCUGAAGUCCGAAGCGCUGCAGAAAAGUCCAGCGGGAAAAAACUAGCGACCAAAGUACUUAAACUUAAAUAUAUGAAUAUUUAUAUUUAUAGAUCAUAUACUUAUACGUCUGGGAGAGCACAAAAAAAAAUCAUUUUUUGCGAAUUCAUCACUAUACAACUCGUGCUCAACAACUAUAGAAGGAGCGACUAGAAGUUUUUUAGAAACCAUUGCUUGGUCUAAAAAAAUUAUCUUUUCAUCCCAACUACAUAAAAUAGGUUUCGAAAAAAAUUAUCUUUUCAUCCCAACUACAUAUUAAAAUAAAAUUUUAAUCAACUUUCUUCAACACCUCUGUAUGAUCGCCUCCUACAUCAAAACAGAAUCCGGAUAAAGGUUUGGUGAAAGCUCUCCUUGAAGGUCUUGCUCAAGGGUUUGGGCAUCCCGAGUUGAAGAUUGACUUCCAGAUGGGUAACAACAAGGUGAUGAUCCGAAUGAAGGGCCUUUCUAUUCUCGAGGAUAAGGCCCGUUAUGCCAAGAUCGCCAAAGCUAUUAUUAUUCAGAAGAUGUAUCGAGGUUAUGCAGUGCGAAAGAAAAUGAAGCGGGCGAAGGAACUGAAGAAGAUAUUCACCAAAUUCCUUGCGGAAUUUCCGUGUUAUCAAGGACCGAAUACGUCGGCGUUUACAAUAAUGAAGACCACGGCAACGAUGGAAGCGAAGGCAAAGGAAUUGGGUGACUGCAUGAUAGAAGCAGAAAAGAUCACCUUCGUCAAAAUCGCAGACAAAAAAAUCACGGAUUUGAGUAUUACUAUAGUACACUCUCAAAGUCAAAUUGAAUGGUCCUGGUAUUUGGUAUAACCUGAAUUUGAUUAUAAGGGAAAACAAAAAGAGAACCCUUGUGAUCGAAUUCAGGUUACCAAAUACCAGAACCAUACAUCUCAAAUUUUCAUCUUUUUCAGUGGGUGCUGACAGUAGGUGUACCACAACCACUUCAACAACCCUCCACCCUUUUUAAAUUACACUCUCCACAUCCAAUAUCCAAUACCCACCGCCAAUUCAUCUACAUCAAACAGAUACCAAGCUCCAGAAGGAGGCUGCGAUCUACAAGGAGUUUGGGGACUUGACUAAGAUUACGGAUGUAAUGGCAUUGGAGAAGGCAUUGGGCCAACUGAAGGCGCUCUCAAUUGACGACAAGAUCAUCGGAGAUAUCGAAGAACGUAUGAAGAAGUUGGAGAAGUUAUGGCUUGUUACAGUAAAAAUUCUAAUUCAUCUUAAAACGUGGCGUCUUUGACUUCUUUUUUUUUUUGAUUGGGAAACGCGUCAAAGAUUCCUUUCGCGAUGAAUAUAAGUGAGGUCUAAAAAAGGAAUUCGAAGAGGCACGCGCGAAGGGUGACACAGCCAAACUCGCUGCCUUGGAAGCCGCAGGAGACGCAGCUGCUGCUGCUCCAGCAGGCGGGGCGGGAUCACCAGAACAGCAGGAGGUAAAGUUUAGAAGAUCAAGAUUUUUUUUUAGAAGAUAUUUAUGGUUCCUCGUUGAGGUUUCUAGUACUUGUUAGCCACCUACAUGAUGCAGACCAUUCUUCAUUUUCAUGUUCAAAAUUUUUGUAGCAACAACAACAACCCCAGACUCGUCACCACGCCUCACUCGUCGUCCCACAACAUCGCAAUUACUCAACAACAACUACCCCUCGUCCACCACAACUACAUCGUCCACCUCAAAAAAAUGAAUUUCAGAUUGACAAAGCGUUGGGCGAGUUUGAUCAGGAGAAAGCUGAGAAACUGAUAGAGGCUGCUAUUAAGGCUGGCGUUGACGUCACUGCACAGAGAGCAAUCUUGGCCAAGUUCCACGACCCGGACUACGUUUCCGAGGAAUUGGCUAAGACUAUGAAGGCACUGUCACAAGCGGGCGGCUCAGAUAAGGGACCACUCAUAGCCAAGUGCACGAAACUAUUGAAUACUGGUACAACUAGUAUAAUAAAGUCAGGCAAUUAUGAUAUCUUCUAAAUUGAAAUUUUUAAAAUAGUAAAGUCAUGCUCAUGCAAUUAUAAUAUCUUCAUCUAAAUUGUUGUUGUUGAUGUUGAAAUUAAGCUUAAGCAGCAACAUUUUUAUAGACUCAAACUUAAAUAGCAAUAGCAGCAGAACUGAAGGACCUGCUUUAUUAACCUCCAACCAGGUAAAUCCGCUGGCGUCGACGCUGGUUUGCUCGAGAAAGCGGAUCAGGCCAUCAAGAAGCACGCCAACGGCGGCUCCUUUGGCGCUGGGGACGCGGAUAAGAGGAAUCUCCUCGACUUAUUCGGCGACUUCUCGAAAUUUCCGGGUAUCAAUCCAGCUGUUGUUAAGCCCAUUUACACCGACGACGGCACCAAGGUCAUGCCUAUGGAGAAAGAGGGUGCAUUAUCAUGGUCCAAGAACAAGUUGGCGGGAACCUUGACCAUAAUUCAAGGAAGCAACCAACAGAAACAAGCACAAACAGCCUUGUCAGCGUACAGGAACAUUUUGGGUUGGAUGACGGAUCACCCAGUGGAUGAAAAACGACGAGCUCCACUGGCCUAUGCAAUUGUGUGGAAAGCGAGGUAAACCCUAAUAAGUAAGUACAUAACGUGCUUCAACAAUCAACAAUUAUAUCGAGCCAUCCCUAAUAAGUACAUAACGUGGUGCUUCAACAUGAUCUUCAAUCCACGAUUAUAAUAUAUCACAAGCCUUCAUUCAACGUCAUCAAAUAAUCUCAACUUCAAGUUUCCAGCACUCAACAACAAGUUGUGUAAUCAACUUCUUCUUGAAACCGAAACAACCUAUUACAGAGUAGUAGAGUGCAGGGGAAACAGGAAGAUGAAUAGCAGAGCAGUUUAUAAGGUUUCACAGCUCGCAUGGUGCAUGGAGUAGCAUGGAGUAGCAUGGAGUGCAUGGAGCGCAGAGCCUUAAGGGGCGCAAGAAGCUCCCCCUUUAGCUCCAUGCUACUCCAUGUGAUCCAUGCACUCCAUGCCAUGCGAGCAGUGAAACCUUAUAAACUGCUCUGCUAUUAAACCUAUUCAUCUUCCUGAUUCCCCUGUCCAUGUUCGCAAUCCAAAUACGAAACCAGGGACCAACGUGACGAGCUUUGUACAGAGAUGUAUGCCCAAGUGAUGAAGCAAAUCAACAACAAUCCUGGUCAAAGAAGCCGACUUUUAGGCUGGAAACUGAUGGUUUUCAUGUGCAAGUUGGCGCAACCAUUGCCGGACUUCAAGCAGUACAUUGACGCCUUUCUGGUGAAGUACGAGUUUGAGUACAGAGGGUGCAGCGACGAUCACUCAAAGGAAAUCGCUAACGUGGUGAAGCAGUGCCAGGAAUGCCUUGCGCAAUGGGCUAAGGCAGAUGGUGAUGGAGGAGGCGGCGGCGAUGCAGGUAGAAGAUCUCUAUUUAUGAAAUACUUUCUUAGUAAUCGGUUCCGGAAGACGGCUUCCUGAUUUUGUUGUUUGUUCUUUUGGGUACUAGGUCUACUAGAAGUGGUAGCAGGUUGUACAAGAACUGCUACUGGUAAUGGUAUUGGUAAAUUAAUGUUCGUUGUUCCUAACGCCAAUGCUAGUACACACAGUGGUCCCAUUUCUGUUGCGUUUGUGGUCAUUUUUUCAACCUCCACUUGAUGAUUGAAGUAGAUCUUUGUCUUUCCAUUUCUUCUUGUUCUAGGUGGCGGCGGCGAGGAGAUGAAGGUUGAGGUUUACACUGCGGAGACUUACGAUUGGACCUUAGAGAAGGAGAUCAAGAAACCGACUGUGAUAAAAAUAGGUGGCAAAUCCACGAUGAAGGAGCUCCUGAAAAAAGUUCAAAGUGCUAUAAGUGUCCAAACCGACGCAGAGCAUUUUUCCGUCUUCGCUAUGAACAACGACGAAGUCCCCCCCGAAGAAGCCUCUGUCGCGAAGGUAGCCAAGGGCAAGAUGAUCUUCAAGAAGCGCUUCGUGAGACCUAAAGAAAAAAUCCAGUCCAGCGACAUGCCCUACAACGACAUGCUAGUCGGUCAGGUCUGCCAAGAAUUCGUCGAGUUCACAGUCCCCGAAGACGAGGAGAAAAUUGCGAAGGUCGCUGCUAGCUCAGCGUUCUUCUGGAGAGGCGACUCAGGAAGUCCGGAUAUCUCCGAAGCCUCUAUUCCAACGUUGGUCCCGGAAUUGUUUGUGAAGAACCGAGGGGCCGGACACUGGGUGAAGAUGGUCCAAGCGGCGUACGACAAUGACUGGAAAAAACUAGAAGAGCAACCAAAACUCGAAAGGGUCUCGCGCGUAUUGAAAGCGCAUCAAUCAUUGAAAGGUACGACGUCAUCUACUCUAGAAGUACUACGUACAACUUAGAUGAAGAACUUCUACAACAAGGAUUGCUUUUGCUUGCGAUUUAUUCUUUUCUCUUUCACAUCUUCUUGUGCGCGUCGUGUCUUUUCUAUUUCCUUGCCUCUAUCUAAUUACAAGUCGCCGGCCAUGUCGUUAGGCCUUUGAUACAAGCGCGUCCGGCACGUUUGUGGGCGGGCAAACCCGUACGCGGGUGGAACUGGGUGGGGCUGUGGGUAGAAAGGCCCGCCCAUGGGUGGGCGUGUGUGGGUGUGGUGGUGUGAGUGGGUGUGGUGGUGUGCGUGGGUGUGGGUGUGGUGGUGGGUGUGCGUGGGUGCGGUGGUGUGGUGGAGGUGCGAGUGGGUGUGGUGGUGUAGGUGGGUGUGAGUGGGUGUGGUGGUUUGAGUGGGUGUGGUGGUGUAAGUGUGGCUGUGGCUGUAAGUGCGGACGCGGUUCGUUGUGGCUGUGGUUCGUUGUGAUGGUGGCUGUGGUUUUGGAAAAAGUUUGAGCUUUUGGAAGAGGUUUGAGCCUUUGGGAAAAGUUUAAGCUUCUGGGAAAAGUUUGGGCUUUUGGAGAAAGUUUGGGCUCUGGAAAAAGUUCGGGCUUUGGGAAAGGUUUGAGCCAUUGGGAAAAGUUUGGGCUCUGGGAAAUAUUUGGGCCAUUGGGAAAAGUUUGGGCUUUGGAAUAUAAAGGAUGGCGGCGACUUGUCUCAGUUAUUAUUCGUCUGUGAACUUUGUCAUCUAGACGAACUUUUACCACAAUUUCAUUGAUUUCAUCGAACGAAACGAAGAUGAAAAAACAUGAGUCACAACUCCAGCACCUCGCACACCAAUUUCAUCCACCAGGUUUCGCCACCAGGCAGUGGAAGUGCACUCAGAAGGUCGGCAGCAAGCCUGAGGGUCUCGAUGGCCUCGCUAGUUCCGGUAAGGUCGAAACCAUCACUGAUCUCGGUGCGAAGGAAAUGCUCUUCGCCGUUGCCUGCACUGAUGUGACCCUCUUCGACAACCGAGAUGGUAAGGAACUGGCCAAGUUCGGCUUCGCGGAGACGCACAAGCACAAGAUCCGCGACUGGGCUGUGAACCGGGACAAGAUUUCCAUCGCUUUGAACAUUCCCCAGGGCGACGUGUACAUGGUGAUUGCUUCGGAUGCGGCGGACGAUAUCUGCAAACUGAUGGACAAAGCGGUUGAGGAAGUUGGCGGUAAGAGCAAGAAGGACGCGAAAAAGAAGAACAAGGACGACCGAAAGGACAGGAAAGACGAGCGCGACGGCGACGACGGCGGAGGCGACAGCAAAAAGGACAAGAAAGAAAAGAAAGACGACAAGAAAGAGAAAAAGGACAAAAAAGAGAAAAAGGACAAAAAGAAAAAGGAAUAAUUAGCAGAACUUCUAUCUCUGGUAGUGAUAGAUUAGGAUGAAUAGAUAGUGAUGGUGAUACGUAGAUUAGACUAGAUGAAGUCAUAAUUUUCAAGGCUUCCACUAGUAGUGUAAUUACAUUUACUUUUACAUUCAUAGCGCUUAACCUUAUUAAGCUGUCUACGCGAGAGCUGGAGAUGGUGAAGCAGCUCUCGGAGCAUCAGCUGCAUCCAUAUUUUUUACUCACUAUACUUACAGCACAACUUGAUGAAAUACACACUCACGCGCAUGUGCAUGAUAUUAGUUUUCUAUUUAUUACUUAGUUCCUUUUACAUUACCCUUACAACGCAAACGUACUCCUAACACUGAACAAACGCAACAUAAUAUUCAUUAAUUUUCUUCUGUACAUCUUGAAAGCAUUUUUCAUUUGGUCGUAACUCUCUGGUAACUCUUCUUGUCAUAUGUCUUUUUCCUUUUUAUAAGUUUACACCCAGCAGGAGAUCAUAGUGGAGCGAUCAGGCUGGAUCGGUUUUUUUGUUUAACGAUUUAACGCAAAAGAUGUUCCUGGAACAGGAAUCAGUAACCUCAAAUGUCCUUGAUUAAACUCACAAUUCGAAGUCUUCACAUUGUCAUCGGGGGAUGAGAUGUAUACUAUGCAUAAAUCGUUCUUGGGUCGUCGAUCUUCUAGUGUUUUUUUCUGACAUAAUAUUCACGCAUAUUAAUCAACGCUCAAAUGAUCCAUCAAAUUUUCUUUUGCUUCAGUGCAGCAGACGUGCAGGGUGGACGCAGAACAGAGACUCAGGAGACGGAUCGAUCAUGAGUCUGCGCAAGGAUAUCAUAUUUCGUGAAAUAUUGCCGUUGUAGCAACUACAAACCGUUAGGAAUGAUAGGUCAAGUGUGAUGAAUCCAAAGCCAAACGCAUCAUACUAGAAAAUUAGAAAUAACAAUCAGACAGCAUCAAAAUUCAAAGGAUAGACGCAUGGAAUGAUAGAACUGCAGAUAUGUAUUUAUAAAAAAUGAGAAGCAGAUACAGGUGGUAGUACUGGGACGAAUAAAUUACUGUCGAUUAGUUUUGCAACUUUUGAUCAACUUGAAAAUUAGUUUAGACUCAUAUUUUUGGCAAUGUACCAACCAACAACAUCAAAAUAGAGUAGCAGUAGGCUCACAUGAUCGUCAAACGCAACGGAGAACGAAGGUGAAGUCUCGAUACUGUGAACAAGAUAGAAAUUAUUCAACGGAUGAACACGUAGUUUUAAUUACUUAAGCGAAACAAAUGUAACAAAAACGGAAUAGGAAGUUGUGAAAAUCAUUGUCUACCACUUUUUGGGAACUGUAUAUAUAGAAGCUUGAUGGAGGUUUUAUCAAUAUUAUUAUAUUUAAUCAAUUACACUAGCAUAUCUUGGAUCAUUUGACUAAAAAUAGAAGAUAUGAAAUUAUUGUAGACGUUAUACACACAUGAUGAGUGAACUUUUUAUCCAAUCAAGAAUUACAUGAUCGAAGAAGAAGAACAUACAACUACACAGUCUGUCACAGAGAGUGAUUAAAGUGAAGAAAAAUCCGCAAAUAGAAUCAACGAGUAGAUCUUGUUUUGAUUGAAAAAUUUAUUUUAUCUAGGACAAGCUGAUGAAGUCGCACUGAACUACACCUGGAACCACAUGCGAGAAAGCUUCGUCCCUUAGUCCUGGCAGCACUCUGAUGGAUAAGCAGCUGAUUCCGAGAAUAGAAGUAUGCAGUCACCACGUAGCUUGCAACAUGGAACAUCUUCAAGUUGUAAAGUAGACUCCUGAGAAACAAAAUUAUGCAAGUUGACAAUUAUUGAUCUAGAACCUAGCACAAUAGGAGGUAAUGAAAAAUGUAGAGGUCUCUAGACAUAGACAAGCCAUAACACAAUUGCCAUACUUAACAGAUGUUGUAAUUAACGACUCGGCCAUGAUAUAUCAGCGAAGAUGCAACAUCAGUCAACUUUAGACGGAUUCAAAACAUGAAAAGAGAAC